AUGUCCAGCUUUUUGCGUAGCAAGCAGGCCGGUGUACAGAAUGAUUUGUCUGCGAGCAUCCGCCCCGACUUGUUCAUGCCAGAUGAACAGGCUCGCUACGGCAUAAACAGCCAGAUCGGAUGCCUCGGCUAUGAUCCCGUUCAGUCGCUCCUCGCCAUCGGCACCCACGAAACCCGCUUCGGCCCCGGCAAGAUAUACGUCUUUGGCCAACGUCGAGUUCAAAAGAUCCUGCAGCCUCCCCGCGCCACCUCUUUCCACCAUGUGCAGUUCAGUGCCGACAAGCUCGUCAGUUUGGACGGCAAGAACGAGCUCGGAGUCUGGGACUUGGACACGGGCGCUCGCGUGGCGGCCCAAGUCAUUGCGGGCUCGGCCGCCGCCUUGCUGACCGAUCCCAUGCUGGACUGGGCCUUUAUUGGUUUGCAAAACGGCCAGGUCCUGGCAUAUGACCUUGACAGGCGAACUAUGGCGAGGUCCUUCAUGCUCCCCAACUUUUGGCUCCAGAGAGACCCUGCUGCAAGGGCAGCCACACUGGUAUGCCUGUCGAUGCAUCCUCGGGAUGUCGGCAAAUUGAUGAUUGGAUAUUCCCACGGCGCCGUCAUCUACUCGUUCAAACAAAACAAGCCGAUAAACUUUCUCGAGUACACGCUCCCGCCCGGUGCCCCCGGCGGAAAUGCUGUCGGGGUAGACACCAUGCGCCGGCCUCGACUGACACAUGCCCUGUGGCAUCCGUCUGGUACGUUUGUUGUCACAGCACACGACGACGGCAGCUUGGUCUUGUGGGACUACAGAGAACAGAGAGUGAUUACCGCCAGGAAUCUGCAUGACACCGGUGUCGAGAAGCCCGCGCCCAACUCCAUUUCUCCCUCAUUCUCCGAGCCAUACGCCAAAAUCGCCUGGUGUUGCAAGGACAAUUGCGACGACACUGGACUGCUCAUCGCUGGCGGUGACAAGAACCUCACAUUUAUCGAACUAGGCAUAACGCCCAUGUAUGCAACGUCGUCAUGGCAGAUCCUCGCAGACUACUUCAAAGGAAAGCGCCAAAUUUCUCUGCCACUGCCGCCUGGCGCACACGCCGUGGACUUUCUCCUCAUCCCUCGUUCAUCCCCUCACUUUUCUGGAGCUCAGGACCCCAUUGCCAUUAUUGCCCUGGUGUCAUCUGGGGAGCUCAUCACUUUGAACUUCCCAUCAGGACAUCAAAUCAGCCCCACGAACCAACUCCACCCGUCCACCUUCUUCGUCCACCCUUUCGUGACAAAGGUCAACGUGUCGAGCUUGGAGCGUCCCCGAUGGCUGACUAUGGAAGAGAAGCGAGACCAAGGCGAACUGCUGCUCACCGGUGGUGCCAAAGGACCAAGACCGAAGAAGCGAUUCGAGGAGAGAACAAUCAUUCAAGCAGCACAUGGGGAUAGCACUAUCCGUAUUUGGGACUCUGGUCAUGCAGAUGAAAUCGAGAACGACCGUCAACUGCAGAUUGACGUGGCCCGCUCUUUGGACCGGUGUGAUGAUAUUGACAUUACCGCAAUGAACAUGUCUGGCGCCACCGGCGAAUUUGCAAUUGGCACGCGUACAGGGGAGGCCAUUGUUUACAGAUGGGGAGGAAACCGAUUCUACGGACGUGACAGCCCAAAACAACUGGACCCUAAUCCGAAAGGGCUCACCGAUAUCAGCUCUCGCGCCGAGCCGACUUUGAAGGAGGGGCUUCAGCCAUGCAUUCUGUACGAAAUGAUGCAGGGGCCCAUUACCGCCAUCCGAGUGUCUAACGUUGGAUUCAUGGCCGUCGGAUCAGAACUGGGCUUCUUGACGCUUAUAGAUCUCCGUGGCCCUCGGAUCUUCUACCAGGCGCCCAUGACGGACUUUGCUAAGCAGGAGAAGAGGAGCUCACUCUUCAAACGCGACCACCAGCAGCAGGCAAAAACCGGACCAGAGAAAGAAUGGCCUGUCGUCAUUGAGUUUGGAGUACUGACGUUGGACGAGGAUAAGUAUUCAAGCAUCUGCUGCUUUGUCGGAACUAAUCUGGGCAAGGUCAUUACGUUCAAGCUACUCCCCGCCGCAGGCGGCGCCUACACAGCUCAACUAGCUGGUGCCGUUGUCUUUGACGGACCCGUCGUUUCCCUGUCUCCUAUCAAUGCCCAGACGGGAAAGCCAGCUUCGGCAACUGCUGCCAUCGUUGGCUCAUUGAGGGAGGGCAAGCGAGUGGAUGGUGCUCUGGUAGCCGUUACUCAAAACGAGAUGAGGGUGUUUAGACCUGCCAGUUCAAGAGGCGCAUCACGGGACUUUGAUCAUGUCGUGUGUCACGCAGCUUCUGUUGCGGAACUCGAGCUCCAGGGCUUCGCCGUCGUAGCUCUCUUUGACGAUCAAACUGCACGAGCAUACUCCAUCCCGGGACUAAAGGACCUCGGAAAGUCACGGCUUUCCAUGAUUGACACAAGCAAGCCUGCGUUCGUAGCACAAACGGGCGAUAUCUUUGGCUGGACAGGCCCCAGCGAAAUGACGGUAAUCCAUGUCUGGGGCACGGGAAAGUCGCUCCAACAAUCACCGGAUAUUUUGAUCAACCCGGAAUUACGAUGCCCUCCACGGCCGACGAUUUCCAACAUGCAAUGGAUCUCUGGGACGCAAUAUGUCUCACCCUUGGACCUGGAUCUCCUUGUCGGUGGACCAGACAGACCACCAAGCCAGAGAAUGUUGGAUGCUGCCGCGGCGGAGAAACGUGCUGGUGCCGCUGGAACAGCGAACCAAGAAAGCUGGACGGCAUAUCUGUCCCGCCAGGUGAAUGAGCGGACGGAAAGGUUGGGUGUCGUAAAUGAGGGUAUGGACUCGCUGCAGCAGCAGAGUCAGGGGUGGGCAGAUGAUGUUACCAAGUUCAUGAAUCAACAAAAGCGGAAUUUGGUCAUGGGUAGUAUCAAGAGUAAAUUCUUCUGA